AUGGACUCUAAAGCACCAAUGCCAUGGAUAGGCCUAUAUGCUGCCGUAGCAUCUCUAAUAUGGACUCUUUCACUUGUCAUUGAUUUAGUGACCUCUGUCCGCCAUAGAAAAUUAUGGUUCCCUUGCAGAUAUUCUGCUCUCAACGCUGCUUCCUUGACUGUGUUAGCCAUCGCAGUGAAGUUGUCAAUGGACCUAACUACCCCGAUGGAAGGUAGCUAUGAUCAAGACGCUAAAAGUACUAGCACUACUUUCUUGUGUGUUUCAACCACUCAUUUCAUGCCUUCUUUGGGAUCCAUGAGUGAAGGAGAUAUAGUAGUGAACUUGACAGCAUUGGGUAUCCUUAUAGUGACGCUUACCGUAAAUGUUACCAUCCAAGUAUUCACAGGCGUAAUUGAAGAUCAUUUCCAAGUGGUGAUUGUCUUUAUGAAUGUUUAUGCGUUCAUUGUAUUGAGUUCUACUGCUUUAACGGUAUUUACAAGUAAAAGGUAUUUGGAACGUAAGUACAAAGAAUUGCAAACAAGAAUUUCGGCAGCGGAACUACAAGGAGACCAAAUAAUGGACUUUGACAAGUUAAAGUUGUGCGUGACGAAGUACUGGGUGAUGGCAGAAACAGGUAACCCUCAGUUUGUGCUGGCACGAUCUGAGGCCAGCGUUGUUUUAUUCAUGAUCUGCAUCCUAAGUUAUACUUCUAACGGAACAAUUUAUUACAGACCCUAUAAGAAAAAUGCUGCUUCUGAUUAUAAAUGGUCAGUAUAUUUUGUUUAUUGGGCUCAAUAUGUAGGCACGAUUCUUUGCACUGUCAUGUCUUUGGGAAGACUUUUAGUAGCUUUAAUUCACACUGUUCGGAAUAUUAGAAAAUGUACCAUCUCUAGCAUUUCCUUAGAAAUAAAGAAUUACAGGAUUAAAAGAUUGCUAGAGUGGAAAAGGAGACUCCCACCAUUAUAUGUUCGAUGCCAGAAGCAUAGAAAAACUAUUUAUCACAUCAGAAAUCUACUUCUCAACUUGUGUAUAGGAAGUCAGAUAGUGGUUGUGAUGGCAAAUAAAUUGCUUCUUCCCAUCUCAAUUGGUGGAAUUCUCUUCUUAAUGGACAGGGAACUAGUUUCCAGUCUCAUAGAAAUUAUGAUCCCAUUGACCAUCGUACUCGUUUUUGGUAUCUUAAGGAUGAAAAUCAUCAGAUGCUUGGUGAUGGUAAAGAAAUUUUUCUUGAGGCAAUCUGAGGCCUCGGUCAAUACCAAUGAAGCAGAACACACGGUUGGUUAUAAGCAGGAUCUUAGAAAUUUUGUUUUACAUCUAGAAAGUGAGGCAAUACAUGAUGGAUACCUGAUGUUCAUUAACACUUCUAUUAAUUCAUCCAUAAAGAAGGGCGCAAAGCAUCAGCCUAGAUAUCUAAUAGAGCUUAUGGAGAAUUCCACCAACUUCGAGGGUGUAUCAAAAUUUGAAAGUGAUCAAGUCUCUCCGAUUAUUUGCACAGAACCUCUUAAUUGCUGGAGUCUAGCCGUGGCAACACUAACUAGCAUCACGAUUGCUCUUCCCAAUGUUCAAAAUGAGAAGAGGAAUCAAUUCUUGAGAGGUGUCAUUGAAG